AAAGGAGCAACUCAAGACAGCUUCUCUAACAGAUAUUUUCAAAUGUUUUAUAGUACAUACACUUUGCAAAAAGUAUCCAUGUAUAAACAUUACCAUUGAACAACUGUGAAAUCACUUAAAUUUGUUGGCAUAAAACAUUGUGGCUUUGAUAAAAAUGGUUCUUUCAUAAUUUUUAUGGAUUUUAUUUAUGGAUUUUAAACAACAUUUUGUUCUCUAAAAUUUUGUGCUACUGUACUGUCUUGUCCAAUUUUACAGGGCUCAACUCUCAGCCUAAAAGCUGAUGCAAGAAUUUUACCAGAAAAUUGUGGUGAAUUGCAGGAUACUGAAAAACAAACUGUACAUGAACACGGACAGUUACUGUGGAACAGAUCUCUGUAUUAUUGUAAUAUCCCUAAAUGUGGGUCAACAUUCAUGGGUGUAUUUCUACAGAAAGUUUUCUUCAAUGAUAAGAAUAACAGUUCUAAAACAUUUAUGAAAAAAUUAAAAGGGUUGCAAAAUAUUUCAGGCGUUUUUGCAUUUAUGUUUGUUAGAGAACCUUACAGCAGGCUGUUCUCUGCUUACGAGAAUAAACUUUUUCACCCAAACAAAUUUUGGAGAGGUUUAGGGACAGAUAUCAUACGAGAGGUUCGUCAUAACGCAUCCAAGUUGAGUAAACAUUUAGGACAUGAUGUAACAUUCACUGAAUUAAUUGAAUAUGUGGUAAAAUUAGCUGAGCAAGGGAGACAACUCAACGAGCAUCUAGCUGCCAUGCACACCAUGUGUAAUCCCUGCAGACAACAUUUUGAUUUCGUAGGGAAACUAGAAACCAUGACAGAAGACCUGGUCUACUUGGUACACAAAUGGAAAACAAGAGGUAUACUUUCAAAUGAUAUGAUCUUUACAGAAGACGUUGAAGCUGAGAUAAAAUACGAGCGAUCUCUCGGCAGGAUUCGACACAUGUUCUUGACUUAUGAAAAUAACCUUCACCUUAUUUCAAAAUACAAACUGUUUCAACGGACUUGGUCGAGUUAUCAGAUAAGAGGAAUGAUUCUAAAUGAUUAUAAAAUGCCUUUUGAUGAAUUCAACAUAAGCCAUGUAGAUAUGAAAUUGUACACACAAGCAGUUGAGUCGGCCAUGGAUAAUAGUAAAAGUUAUGAAAAUGAACUGAAAACUCAGCGUAAAGAGGCCCUUCUUCAGGCCUACAGAACUAUACCUGCUGAGCAGAUGGAUAAGCUACGACAGUUUGUUAAAACUGAUUGUGUGAUAUAUGGUUAUGAUGACAGGCCAGAGUUGCUUUUUAAAAGAUCUGUUUCAGAGGAGCUGAGAAGCCAUGAUUACUUUAAAUGGUUAUAAAGUAAAUUAAUUUAGAAUUGGAAAAAGCUGAGAAGUUAAAAUUAUUACACUAAUUUUUAUAGCACCCUUUUCAUCAUAAUUAUAUUCAAAGGUGCCUAACAUGCAUACAUAGUUAUAUGUACAGAUAGAUGCAGCAACCCAAUACAGAAUGUCUGGAUAACUUAGCUUAUCUGUCUGUUUCUUUAACAUGCCCAGUGCAGGGCAUCAGUACUGGCCUCUUAAUUAAGUGGGAGACACUCAAAAACACCUCAGAAAUUUCCAGUGCCUUGACAGGGAUUCAAACCCCAUACCUCUAGAUUGACAGUCAAGUGUGUUACCACUGUGUCCAUAAUAAUGUCUGAUAGUUGAUUUUUUUGUGAUGUAGAAUUGGUGUUUUUUAUCU